CUUUGUUUUACUCAUUGUCAGUGAAAACUAUAGGAAAAGAAAUUUACUUUUCUGAUAAAAUAUUCUAACCAGGAUUUUGUCACAUUAUAUGUUAGUGUGUGGCAUAGUGAUUAACUGUUGUUAUAUAUAACAAGCAAUUAUAACAAAGUCAUUUAUUAGAACACAAUGGAAGAAAAUCCGAAUGUUUCUAAGUGUAUGAAGAGAAAAUUGCGUAGAAGAGCUGCAAAAGCUGUCAUGAUAAAACUUAAAGCCGAUGAAUUGCAAAUGAAAAUCGAUAAGGUAUAUGUACAAUCUUCGGAUAAUAGUUCAGAGGUAUCAUCAAAUAUUGAAGAAAAUUCAGUGUUGUCAGAUGUUGCUGACGAUGAAUGCUAUUGUGAUGUUCCUGAAGAAAGUAAUAAUAGUGAUACGACAUCUGUACAAGUUGAACAGACGCUCCUGCAAGAGCAUUUAUUAAAUGUUGUAAGGGACAUUCAGGUUACGCAGCUUGUGAGAAGUGCACCGUCAUUGGAGAAUACAAUAACCACAGGAUUACUUUCAUAGACCUUAAUCAACCCCUCCGUACAGAUGAAUCUUUCAAAAAUCGCCAGCAACCUCAACAUCACGAAGGGACAUCACCACUCAGUGUUGGGCACAAUUAAAUCAUACUCACAAUUAACAAUUUACAAUUAAAAUUUCAAUUGUUAAUUGCGUUUGACAAUUAAAUUAGUUAAUUGCGAG